AGCGGGCCUCGUCCUCCUGCUCACGGGCUCGCUUUCCCAUCGCUGUGCGGCCAAGGGAGGGUUCUUGCAGCGCCAGCCAGCCAGCCAGCCUUCCCGGGGCUGUUGGGUGUGUUCUUGUGUGGCGGCGCUUCCCUUUCCUCGUGGCGCACGUGGGAGUGGAAGAUACGCGUGUCGCACGAGUCCGAUCGCGGGGUUUGUGCGCGGUUUGUAUUCUUGGAGAGAGCUGCACGGUUCGUCGGGAUCCUUGCGGAAAGAGGGCGCAAGGGGCUGAGGGUGGAUCUCUGAGGAUGGUGUGUGUGUCCCACUGUCUGGAGUUGAAACGGGCCAUCGCUCAGCUGCUCUGCCUUCUGUGAAGGCGCAGCCAUGUCUGUGAUGAUAGCAAGGAAGAAGGUGAUACGGAAAUGGGAGAAACUACCUGGAAGAAACACAUUUUGUUGCGAUGGGCGUAUCAUGAUGGCCCGACAGAAGGGCAUCUUCUACCUGACCCUCUUUCUCAUUGUGGGAACAUGUGCCCUCUUCUUUGCUUUUGAGUGUCGCUACCUGGCUGUCCAUCUCUCUCCAGCCAUUCCUGUCUUUGGAGUAGUCCUCUUCCUGUUCGCAAUGGCUACACUCUUGCGGACAAGCUUCAGUGACCCAGGGGUCAUUCCACGAGCCCUCCCUGAUGAAGCAGCGUUCAUUGAAAUGGAGAUCGAAGCAACCAAUGGAACUGUGCCACCAGGCCAGCGGCCACCCCCACGCAUCAAGAACUUCCAGAUCAAUAACCAGAUAGUGAAGCUGAAGUACUGCUAUACGUGCAAGAUUUUCCGUCCGCCCCGUGCCUCACAUUGCAGCAUCUGUGAUAACUGUGUGGAGCGGUUUGAUCAUCAUUGCCCCUGGGUGGGGAACUGCGUGGGGAAGAGGAACUACCGUUACUUCUACCUCUUCAUCCUUUCCUUGUCUCUUCUUACGAUCUACAUCUUCUCCUUCAACAUCGUCUACGUCGUCCUGAAAUCCCUGAAGAUUGGCUUUUUGAAUACGCUGAAAGAAACCCCUGGGACAGCCCUGGAGGUUUUGAUCUGCUUCUUCACUCUAUGGUCUGUGGUGGGUUUGACUGGUUUCCACACUUUCCUCGUAGCGCUGAAUCAGACGACUAAUGAAGAUAUCAAGGGUUCCUGGACUGGGAAAAACCGUGUGCAGAAUCCAUAUAGUCAUGGCAACAUUGUGAAGAACUGCUGUGAGGUGCUGUGUGGACCUUUGCCUCCCAGUGUGCUGGACAGGCGAGGCAUCUUGCAGCAGGAGAGUACUGCCCAGGAGAGCAAUGUUGGUUCCGCGCGUGGAACACAAGAAGAACGGAGCACAGAAGAUGCCAGUGGUGCCUCGGAGGGUGGCAGUGUCCUCCCAGAGGAAAGCUUGCUCCCUGUGCCAACGUGCAAGGUGCCACAAGAAACAGCGCAGCCGCCUGCUGCAGAACCAUCCGUUCCAUCCCUGGAUCACAGACAGACAACGCAUUAGCCUCCGAAGUGGAUAUGAACACUACUUUUGUUUGGCUUACUCCUUGUGACACUGCAGAGAGGGCAAGGGGGGGACCGUGGACUGGACCGUGGCCGUGUCGUGCUCCUUUGGCGGUUUGCUCAGCAGUGCUUGUCACCAGUGUCUGCAGACUGAAGGAUGCCAGCACUCCCUUCUCAUGGAUGCUGAGCCCCACCCCCCUUGUGCUGCUAAGGGACUCUUCCUCUCACGAGGCCAUUGCUGCUGGCAGAGCAGGUCAUUUUUCCCUGCCUUUCAUCUCUAGUACUAAGUGAGUGCCUCUCUGGCCCCAGCCCUGAUAUGCGAACGUGUGGAGCCAACUGGGAAGAAGAUGGAGCCGGGCGCAGUGCUCUGUACCAUCGUACCUGUGAUUGCAGUAUUGUGUCUUCGGCUGAAUUCAGCUGCCAGUGGAGCCAAGUUGCUAAUGGAAGCUCGGGGCAUAAGUAGCACCCUUCCUAAAAGUUCCUUUACAGAUGGUGCCAUAUGGUAGCAUGGAGGCCCGAGGGUCCUGCAUAAUAAAGUAGCCAGCCAUGAGAGCCCCAGGUGCUUAAGUGCCCCAGGCCCCAUCCAUCUAGGUACUGGAACUCUGUGGCACAGUCUCUCUCCUUCCUCUUUCUCCCCUCCCUCCCAGAUAAGUAAGUCUUGUUGACCUUCCCUUAAUCCUCCUUUCAGCCACUUUUUCCAGCAUCGGUGCCUGGAUUGGCUGUGGAAAAGACUCGCCUGCCCUUCUGGCCAGCAGGUCACUCAGGUCUGCAGUGGGGUAGCCUACAAGAGGGGCAAAGUGACAGGGUAGCAUAGAAGGCAACGGCGUGUAGUUGGGCAGGCGGUAGGGAGGCGGGUGCCUCUUCUGACUUCUGUGCUGCCCGUACCCGUCCUGGUGCCCUGACCUCAGUUGUCUCAGUGCUGAGUGGUGCUCCUGGUAUUAAUGGUUACCUCUGCUCAGACCUCCUUGUGUCUCCCAGCCUGCUCCCUGUAUGUACGUGAUGGUAAACUGCCAAAAACAGGGCCGACAAGGUAGCCCUAUCUGCCCCGACAAGCCAGCGGAGUGGCUAGCUAGCUUUCAAGUCAGCUCUUCAGAGUGGAGAUAAACUGCACUUUGGCAGAAGCCUGACCCAUUUGACUCCAGGGUGAGUGGGCCUGCUAAACUGCCGUUGGGGAGUACAUUUCUUCAAAAUGCUCUCCUGUUUAAAGAAGUAAAAACACCCCUCUCCUCCCUGCACAUUGAAAACUAAAUGUGGGGGGAGGGGGGAGAUGUGAGAAACUAGAAUUCGUUUGUUGAAAUGCUUUGUGCAGGGAACGCUUUUUUUCAUUUCAUUUACAAAAAGUACUCGUUCCUGCAUCAGAGUUGCUCAUGUGUUGUUCCCUGUCACUGAGUCAGAUAUAUACUAUAUGUCAUGGCCAGCCUCUCCUUUGUGGAAGCAGCAGAAAAUCUGUCUGCCCUGGCCAAGACCCAACCUGCUCAGGGGCCAAGACCAUUAGUGUAAGAAGGAAAGGUGCAAGGAGGAGCAGGUCUUUUGCUUUGCAUCAUGGCCUGAACUGGAUCUGCUGCAUCCCUCUGUCUUUACUUGGUUUUGAGACACUUGCCUAUCCAGCUCUCUCUACCCUUUGGGCAUGCUCCCACUUUAUUUCCAGGUAGCAAAACAACCCUGGCUCAGUUUGUGCUCUCUCUCACUCUGCAGAGGAAAAAUCAGCAUGCCUGGCAUGUCCCUUAUGAUUUACCUGGAGAUGGUUGUUCCUCCUUCUAUCAUGGUGGUGUGGUCUCUGUGUCGCUUUCUUCCCCCACUGCCUGUAGUGGGAAGCAGGAACAGGUAGAUGCACCUCCGGCAGAGUUAGCUUGACCCAUUGUCAACAUUGCCCUUCUUCCUGCUACAAGGUAGAGGCUACCACACUCUCCCCUAUUACUGACCAAAUCUUAACAGUGUUUCAGCUGUCUUGUUUGGGGUGUAUUUUCUGAUGUACUGUGUCAAAUUGCUCCAGGGAGCAGGAUGGUCCUGGCUGCCUUGAGGCUUCGGUGUGCUCCUCUGAUCUCAAUGAAGGCAUUGGAAUUCGUUA